ACCUCCCCUCCGCUGGUUUUAGCGUCACGACAGAACCAAUCCCUCGCUAGCCCUACCUCCUCUCCCGUCUCCAGUCGCAGCCGCCGCCGGCGCCGCACCCCAAUCCAACCCCGCCGCCGGCGAUCUCCUCGCCCCCCUGUGCCGUCGCCCCCAACCUUCUAUUCCUCUCCCAAGGCAUAGGAAGGGAAGGCAAGGCAAGGGAAGGGAGAGGGAGCGCUCAGAUCCACGGCGGCAUCAGCGCGCCGUCCUCGACCUGAUCCGCGUCCGUCCACGGAUGGGAGCCGGCGCAGGAAAUCCCCGUCCCCGCGUCCGAGCCCCGCUACCCUCCGCAACGGCUCGACCGCCCAUCGACGCGCUGCCCCCGCGGCGCCCGACCAGUUCGGCUUUCGCGGCUGGUGGACGCGCCCUUGCUGUUGCCGACGCCGGCUCGCUGCGCCGCACUGGCCCUCACAAGCGUCUUCUGUCAAUGAUGGACUUGAGAGGUCAAGGAGUUUCCAUUGGGACAUCGGGACAUGCUCCUCCAUCUCCUCCGGUGGACGACAUCCAACAUCGCCAGUUCAUGCACUUAUGGACUGAAGAAAAAAAUGGAAAUGAAGAAGAAAAGAAUAGCAAUAUUAUCAUAUGCGAGUCUAACAAACAUCUUGGAGGUGUGAAUGCUUUCUUGGGUCUGACAAGUAAUCAAUAAUUGAUGGUAUACUGGGAUUUUUCUCAUACUUCUAGCACUUCCUCAUUGACAAUAAAGCAAGUAGUAUCACAACAAAGGCUAUCCAGGUAUUUUUUUUCAACUAUAAUCCUUCCAGCUUUAGGGACUGCUCAAUUGGAUCUGCACAAUCCAACAAAAUAAAUGUGCAUAGUCUCUGCGACACUUUCAUCCGAUCAUCACGAAGGUAGUUGUAGGAGUAAAAAAGUAUGUCAUACUGUUUUUUCAGUUCAAGCCAAAAGGCUAGGACAGGUAAUACUUGUUUUUACAGUACUUGUGCAAAAAGUAUGUCAUACUGUUUGCUCUAGAUGAUUUUGAUGAAUUUUACAACCUUAUUUUCAGUUGUUUACAGGUCUGCUUUCAUGGGGUUUAUUGAAUCCAGGAAAGAACUGUGAGUAGUAGCGAACCAGACAUGAAAAGUUUCAGAGAACUACGAAAACUCCGGUCAGUUUUGUCGGUAUCUUGUGACACAGUUCCAGGACUCUAUUGACUAAGGAAAUGAUAUAUAUGUGUGAUUUAUCCUGUUAAAACUUUUAGUGUUCACUUAGGGGUGAGUGCAACCAGUAACUGAAUUUAGACUACGAACUAGAGUAUGACAGUAAAGUCAGGAGCAUGAUGGAGAACACACGGGACAUUGAGGACUAAUGGUCAACACUUAAAUCUUGCUUUACAUACAGUUCAGUUCCAAGUAGUCUGAUACAUAGAUGGCGAGGGGAGUGCUGAUUUGGGGUUGAUUUUGGUAAUUGUAUAUUUUCCUUGAUGACUGUCAUUUUGUUGUCCUACAUGUGCUAUAUGAUAUGCAUAACAACUUGAGAGCACCUUUGCUUCUCUUGAUGUGCUUCGUCAUACAGUUUUUUAAAGUGCACAAGCAAGCUUGCGAGUGAUGACAACUACUAUGACCUACAACCUUGAAUCUAGGUUUUUGGGGUUGAACAUAGGGGCACAGCGCGCUCUCCCAUCUAACCAGUGAAGCGUAAUGAAGGAAAAGCUACAAUAUACAAAUCGUCACCGUCAUUCAGUUUGUCCAAAACUGAGAAAAGCUCUUUAAAAAAACUGGGAAAAGCUCACGUGAUGGAAUGAGAUGAGAUUUCAACAUCAUGAUUGCGUUUUAUAAUUUGAACGACCAAAGUAGAUGGUCCCGUCAGCCCGUGUUUGACAAUAUGAAGGGACAAACUUGUUGAUCCAUUAUUUUGCCAGGAAAAUACAAUAAUUCGGAGGGCUUAAAUAUGGAUAAUAGAUCUGACAUAAUCUAGCAAGGUGAGUGACUCAAUUGCACAUGUGCAAAAUGGAAGUUUAAACUUCCUUGAAUCUCUUGUAGGGUUUGGGGGAGAUUGUCAGCGAGCCACUGAUGAAAGUCCUUUUGCGAUGACAAUGCUAGAGAAGAUUUGAAAGAUCUUGGUUGGCGUGGGGCAACUUGUGUAUUCCUGGAUGGGGGCGCCGUCCGGUGGCAGUGGGGUGUGGCAGUUGCCGCAGCUGGGCACAACCGGGAGUCCACCUAUCCAGAACACCCAACUAUUUCAUCCGGUGAACUGCGAAGAGCUUCUAUGUGCGUCUCCGUUAUAUUUAACUACGACAGGCUUAUGUUAUCUUAUCGCGAACUCAUUUUUCAGUUUGUGCCCAACGUGACUGCAUGUAAAUAUGUAAUACAGCAAUUUUGUUCUUCCUUUUUGUUGUUCGAUUGACUCAGUAUACCAUCUCAAAUGUCAUUCCCUUUAUAGCUAGCACAUCAUCUCCAAAGAAUUUAUUUAAGUUGAAAUCCAGUAAUUAUAUGUUGAUCGCAUAAGCAGGCUGAUGGUGUCUUGGUUGAAUUUUUUUAUUCCUUCUCUAUGGAACUAAAACUGUUCUUUCCUGAAUAUAUUGGAUCGCAAAGAACUAAACCUAUGUACAAUGUCUUUGGGCAUAUUCUGAAUUUGCAGAAUUAGCACAAAUCUGAAAGCAUAUAUGCAGCUCCCAGAUGUUGCAGGCUAGAGGAAGGGCAGGCACUCAUGCGAUACCAUGUAUCUGGUUGGACGCGCCGGGUGUGGGGACACUGCAGGACAUGUUUGAUUAUCAUGUCAGUGAAUUCUGGCGAGAAUGAACCAAGUGAGCUUUUGUAGCUGGUCUAUUCAAAAUGGAUGAACGGACCAGUUAGUGUACAUAUAAGUUUGCACUCUGUCUUCCUGCUCAUUCGUGCAAUGUGUUCAUGGGAGACUUAUUUUAGGAAAACAUAAAAUAAUUUUUCUUUCUGUGCGUACUACUCCAGCUUUCAAGUGCCAGGCUUCAAUAAAUCUGAAAUUUCUAUC